GCUUGGAGCGCCACGUGUACAUAGGGGUUGGCCGGAAGGAGAAGGCUCCAGUUGACGCAGCCGGCCGGGCCAGGCCCUACGCUGGUGGCUAUGGAGCCGGACGGGGACCAGCUGUCCGCGCGGCCGGCCCUGGAGACCGAAGGCCUGCGCUUCCUUCACGUCACGGUGGGCUCCCUGCUGGCCACCUAUGGCUGGUACAUCGUCUUCUGCUGCAUUCUUCUCUACGUGGUCUUUCAGAAGCUGUCUACCCGGCUGAGGGCCUUGAGGCAGAGGCACCUGGAUGGAGCUGCUGCUGCCCUGGAACCUGAUGUUGUUGUUAAACGACAGGAGGCUUUAGCAGCAGCUCGUUUGAAAAUGCAAGAAGAAUUAAAUGCACAAGUUGAAAAGCAUAAGGAGAAGCUAAGACAGCUCGAAGAAGAAAAAAGGAGACAGAAGAUUGAAAGAUGGGACAGCGUGCAAGAAGGAAGAAGUUAUAGAGGAGAUGCAAGGAAGCGUCAGGAAGAAGAUAGCCCUGGACCUUCUACUUCAUCAGUCAUCCCGAAACGAAAAUCUGACAAGAAGCCUUUGCGGGGAGGAGGUUACAACCCUUUGUCUGGAGAAGGAGGUGGAGCCUGCUCCUGGAGGCCUGGCCGCAGAGGCCCGUCAUCUGGUGGAUGAGGCUAAGAAUCUUGCUAGUGUCGCUUUUGACAUUAGCAAGAUGAAUCCUUAACCCUCAAUUGCCUUACGCAUGCUUUUCACAGUGACUAGCAGGAGGAGGGGGCUUUCUUUGUGUUCUUAGCCAUACUCACGUCUUCAAGCAUUAAAGCAGCAUAGGGCGUGGACAUGGUUGCUUGGCAGCAGUUGGCAAUUGCCCACACUCCUCUGAAGCCAGUGACUGCGGUCAUUGAUUCCAUGGGUAAUUAAUUGCUAUUUGGUAGCUAAAGGCCUCCAAUGAUUGGUGAUCUUGAUAAAAGAGACCUAGCAAUGUAGUGAUCCUUCAAGUUAAGAGGUCCUUGCUGGCAGAAAAGUCUCUGUGACAGGUUGCGUUGAAUGAUGUCUUCCUUGUAAAUGGUGAGCCCACCAGCGAGGAGCACUGAUGCAGACAGUUGAUAGGGUUGUUUCUGUAUAUUUAUUUUUAUGUACAGAACUUUGUAAAAAAGAAACUGUAAAUAUUAAAAAAAAAAACUGCAAAGAACAUUUUUGAGCAUCUUUAUUAAAUUUAAGGAAAUUUCUUUAUGAACUUGAAUUUACCUAACAUUACACAGCUUUCUGUCAUUCACAACCUCCUACUAAUACUACGUAUUUUCCCUUCUC